AUGUCCUCCGCCGCCGUGGUCCAUGGCGACGAACUCGACAUGGAGCCUACGCUCCAGUCGAUCCUGAACCAGAACACCCUCCGCUGGAUCUUCGUCGGCGGAAAAGGUGGCGUCGGCAAGACCACCACCUCCUGCUCCCUCGCCAUCCAGCUGGCCAAGGUCCGCAGGUCGGUCCUGCUGAUCUCCACCGAUCCCGCCCACAACCUGAGUGAUGCCUUUGGUCAGAAAUUCGGAAAGGAGGCCCGUCUGGUUGACGGCUACACCAACCUGAGUGCUAUGGAGAUCGACCCCAACGGGAGCAUUCAGGAUCUCUUGGCGAAUGGUGACGGUCAGGGUGAAGAUCCUAUGGCGGGUUUGGGCAUGGGCAAUAUGAUGCAGGAUCUGGCGUUCAGCAUCCCCGGUGUCGACGAGGCCAUGUCCUUUGCCGAAGUCCUGAAGCAGGUCAAGUCGCUCUCCUACGAGACCAUUGUCUUCGAUACCGCUCCGACCGGUCACACCCUGCGUUUCCUGCAAUUCCCCACCGUUCUUGAGAAGGCCCUCGCCAAGCUCUCGCAGCUGUCCUCCCAAUUCGGCCCGAUGCUGAACUCGAUCCUCGGUGCCCGGGGUGGCCUCCCCGGCGGUCAGAACAUGGAUGAGCUGCUUCAGAAGAUGGAGUCUCUCCGUGAGACGAUCAGCGAAGUCAACUCGCAGUUCAAGGACCCGGACAUGACUACUUUUGUGUGUGUUUGCAUUGCAGAGUUCCUGUCCCUGUACGAGACGGAGCGCAUGAUCCAGGAAUUGACUAGCUACGGCAUUGAUACCCACUCGAUCGUGGUUAAUCAGUUAUUGUUCCCCAAGGAUGGGAGCACCUGCGACCAGUGCAAUGCACGGAGGAAGAUGCAGAAGAAGUACCUCGAGCAGAUCGAGGAGCUGUAUGAGGACUUCAACGUGGUGCGCAUGCCUCUAUUGGUGGAGGAGGUUCGCGGAAAGGACAAGUUGGAGAAGUAA